GCCGCGUUUCCCUCCCGCGGAUCUCAGGUGCCUUCAUGAAUAACUUAAAUGACCCUCCCAACUGGAACAUCCUGCCAAACCAGCGAGAGCCCGGGGGCGAAGGCAGCAGAUGGAACUACGCCCUGCUGGUGCCCAUGCUGGGCUUGGCCGCCUUCCGUUGGAUCUGGACCAGAGAAUGUCAAAAAGAAAUAGAAAGAGAAAAAAAAGAGUAUUAUAAAAAACAUUCAUCUUUACAAAAAGACCUGGAAGCCAAGUACCGGGAUAUAAUCACGGAAAAUCGCCGCACAGUUGCUCACUUGGAGCUGGAGCUUGAAAAGGAACGGAACAGAACCCUGAGUUACCGUGAAGCCCUCGUCUCCCAGAGUCGCAAGCUAGUAGAAGAAAGAAGGAUCCUAGAGCAGGAGCAGGAGAAGUUAGAGCGAGAAAAACAAGUCCUGUUGCACUCAGGAGCAGCAGGUAACUUGUACCGCAGUUGCCUGGCAAAGGAAGAAGAGUGGCAAAAGAGAGCAAAUAGUUUACUAAAGGAAUUUGAAGAGGGACUUAAAGAGCGACAAGACAUCUACUGCAGUCUUGUUGUACCUAGAAGUCAAAGACUAGAAAUAGAGAAAAGCCUGCUAGUUAAAGCUGCAGCUGAUCCAGUUGCUAUGGCUCUGCAUAUGGAAAGCGGCUUAAAAGAUAUUUUCAAACAUGAUAACUACUGUGGCAAUCUGCUGAAUAGAAACAAAAGUCAAAAUGGAAAACUUAUGUGGCUGUAUCUGAGAUACUGGGAACUAUCUAUUGAACUACAAAAGUACAAGAGGGCAGAAAACACCAUGUUAGGAAAACGAUAA